AGGCACAGCGCCAUGCGCCCAUGCCAUCCUUGGCGGUGCACCGCACGUGGUCGUGGAGAAGUGGGAUUGGCUCCUUUGCCGAUGCGCGCAAAGCCGGCCGACCAUUGCUGCAGCUUGCGAGUCCAUCCUCUCGAGAUCCCCGAGCGUGCUCCCUGCCGCACGGCGUUCCCCGUCGUAAAGCUCGCCGCCGGCGGCAGGGUCGGUGCCAUUGCGCCCGCUGCCGGCAGCAGCUAUAGCUCAUGGAAGACGAGGAACGGCGGAGCCGGCCUCGCGGAAGCCAACAGAGUGCUGGUUCACCUGCUUUCCUGGCUCUAGGCGGCAGCAGCGAGGAGAUGGCGUCGACCGGCACCACCACCUGCUGCAUGCCCAGCUUCGCCGUGGAGGUCGUCGGAGACGGAGCUCCACAGUCUGCCGAGUGCUCGUCGCCAGUGGUACUCAAAGACAACACCAUGGCGGAGGCCGCCAUCCAGCUCACUACUGUUGUCGCCGCCGGUGGCCGCCAGCCGUUGCAGGACUAUGAACGGCAUACCUGCAAUGGCUCUGUUGAUAUCAGAGGCGAUCCAGCUUCUAAGAAACAUACUGGAAAAUGGAGAGCCUGCUACUCCAUUCUAGGUGGCGAGUUUUGCGGUGCUUUAGCGUACUAUGCAGUUGGGACAAACCUUGUGAGUUAUCUGACCAAGGUGCAGAAGCAAAGCAAUGUUGCUGCAGCGAGCAAUAUCGCUUCGUGGCAGGGCACCUGCUACCUCACUCCUAUUCUUGGAGCAUUCUUGGCAGAUUCAUACUGGGGCAGACAUCGAACUAUUGUGAUUUCCCUGAUGAUCUUUACCAUUGGAAUGGUUCUGCUUACACUUUCAGCAGUUGUUCCAGCAAGCAUGCACACAAUGGUGAUCCCACCUCAGGAACUUUUGCCUUCACUGGGCCUGUUCCUGACUGCUCUAGGCUUAGGUGGAAUGUGGCCAUGUGUUCCCACAUUUGGAGCUGACCAGUUCGAUGACACAGAUGCCACAGAGAAGGUGCAGAAGGAGCUAUAUUACAACUGGUACUUCUUCGCCGUCAAUGGCGGUUUCUUCAUUGCCAGCACACUCCUCGUGUGGGUGCAGGACAACUGUGGAUGGGGAUGGGGCUUUGGGAUCCCUACGCUGUUCUCAGCGACCGGUAUUGUUGGGUUUCUUGCAUGUAUGAAGCUUUACAGGUACCAGAAACCGGGAGGAAGCGCCCUCACUAGGAUUUGCCAGGUUGUCGUUGCAGCCACUCGCAAGAUCAAUGUGGAUGUGCCAGAUGAUAGCUCUCUUCUGUAUGAAAUGCCUGGAAAGGAGGCAGCAAUCGUAGGGAGCAGGAAACUGAUGCAUACUGAUGGACUAAGGUUCUUUGAUCGAGCUGCCACUAUCACUGCCUCUGACGAAACAUCUAGUAGUAUACCUAGUCCAUGGAAGCUUUGCACAGUGACACAAGUGGAGGAACUGAAGAUCUUGGCAAGAAUGUUGCCUGUCCUACUAGCUGGCAUAAUUUUCAACACUGCUGAAGCUUUCUUCCCUCUGUUCAUCGAGCAAGGACAAGUCAUGGACAACCAUAUCGAUGGUUUUUCCAUUCCUCCAGCCACUCUGACGACCUUCAAUUGUCUCUGUAUCCUCAUCUUGGCUCCAUCUUACAACAAAGUUCUCGUUCCAGUUCUAAGUAGGAUCACUGGCACGAAGAGAGGUCUGUCUGAACUCCAACGAAUUGGUGUCGGUAUGGUUUUCUCUAUGCUUUCGCUUGUUUCAGCAGCACUGGUAGAGAUGGUGCGCCUCGACAUCGCGAAGGAGGGAGGCCUAGUGCACCAUAAUUCUGCGGUCCCGAUGAAUAUCCUGUGGCAGGGACCACAGUAUUUCUUCAUAGGUGUAGCAAAAGUAUUCACUGUGGUCGGUUUCAUCGAAUUUGCGUAUGAGCAGUCUCCUGAUGCAAUGAGAAGCUUGUGUCAGGCUUGCUCUCUCAUCAUGAUCACGCUUGGGAGCUACCUAGUCUCUGUCAUUCUGAAAUUCAUCAAUUCAGUGACAGGGGAAAGAUGGAGCCAUGGCUGGAUCCCGGAGAACCUCAAUGAAGGGCAUCUGGAUCUAUUCUUCUGGUUGAUGGCAGGAAUGCAGCUGCUGAAUGUGCUUGUAUUUGCGUAUAGUGCCUCGAGGUACAAGCGCAAACUAGCUAGUUAAGUUUCCUAGCUUAGGACUGCUUAUGGGUUUACGUAAGUUUUGUGUUCCAUACUAUGAGAGCUCAAAAUUUGUCAGUCUUUCUGUAAUUUUUGUGGAAAGGACUGAAACUAUUACCACCUUAAAAGUAUUACUCCCUCUGUCCUACAAUAUAAACAUUCCUAGUUA